AUGACAAUCAAGGAGAUAUAUAUUGCUAGACAUGGAUACCGUAUGAACUGGUUGCCACCACCACAUCCACCAAACCCAACAGGUGUACCUAGUGAUCCACCAUUGGCCCCCCAUGGUGUUGAUCAAGCCAAACAAUUGGCAGCUUAUUUAACAUCAUUACCCACUAAAGAUCAACCCCAAUUCAUUCUAACUUCACCAUUUUAUAGAUGUGUUCAAACUGCUGAGCCUAUUGCACAACUAUUAGAUUUGAAAAUCCAUUUGGAUAGAGGAGUUGGAGAAUGGUUUAAAAAGGGUAGGAAAAUUGUUCCUGAACCGGCUGAUUAUACUGAUUUGACAAAGUUUUUCCCCCAAGUGUUGGAUAAGGAAGAUGUUUGGCCAAGAGACAGAUUGGGCGUCAUUCCUAACCUCGAAGGAGAAACUGGUGAAGAAAUUUAUACUAGAGCCACCCAAUUCUGGCAUCACUUUAUCCCUACUUUCGAAAAAGAGUAUCCUGACGUAGAAAACAUCUUGAUUGUGACUCAUGCCGCAACAAAGAUUGCAUUGGGUAGUGUAUUGUUAAAAUUGGGUUCUGUUACUAGCACAAUCGAUGGCGAAAAGACGAUGUUACGAGCUGGUGCUUGUUCACUUUCGAAAUAUGUCCGUAUUAGUGCAUCUAAUGAUUUCGAUUGGAAGAUAAUCAUGAAUGGUAACUGUGAGUUUUUGACCAAAGGCGAAGAAAUGAAUUGGGAUUUCACUACGGGUGUUGAAGCUGGAUCAGCUGAAGAUAUUGCUAGGAGGAAAAAAGAAGCAGAGCAAAAGGGAAGUGAGUCUGGUGGAGCGACUGGUAAGGAGACGGUUACUGGAUCUGAUGGAGAGGCUCCUGUAACUGAGAUUGCUACAGGUGCUGAUGAGACUAACAACGAGGAUGGAUUUGAGACUUUUUACAUCACAGUUGAUUUGCCAAAUGUACCGAAAAACCUAGACGAUGAUGAUUCCACCAUUGAUAGAACCAAGACUAGGAAAACACCACGGUUCAAAAACAAUAUCCUAAAGCCAUCAGCUCGUUUACAAAUGACUAGUUUAGGUGACAAGUCCCCCUUAGUUAAAAUAUCCAACAACACAUCCAAUGCAACUGUGAGAGAUCCAUCUCAUACCCCAACAACUUCAACGACAGAAGGAAAUAGUCACAAGAGCAAACACAGCUCAAUCAUUGAUGCAUCCACAUUGAUAAAUGGCCAAAUUUUCGAAACCAAUUGGCAUGAAUUAACUGGUUCAGAAUUGAUUUUUGAUGAUUAUGGUGAAUUAAUAGGACAAGUUAAAGAACAUUUGACUUGUAAUGAUAAAGUUAAGUUUAUUCCCAAAAAGAGCCAUAAUGAAGGUAAACCGGUCGAUUAUGUCGAUUUUGAGGAUGGUUUUGCUGAAGAAUCUUCUGUUAAAUUAGAGGGAAAUGUAAAGCUGAAACCAAGUCCGUUUUUGAGAAAUGCAAUCAAGGUUGCAAAGAGGAAAGAAUACUCAUGA